CUUGGAAGUUAUCUUUCUUUGCUUAAUAUAAAUUGAAGUAUGGAAGAUAAAGGAAUACAAGUUGCAAUAGGAUCGAAACGUGGGCUGAAAAGUGCAAAAACCAGUGCUUGUAGUGAAACCACAACAUUAGAAACAGGGAAAGAGGAACGUGCUACGCAAUGUGGAAUGUCUCUUAAAGGGAGUUAUGGUCGCAACUGUGAACACAAGAAGUGGCGAUACGACAACCUGGUAGCGCAAAUGCAGGACAAAGAAAUGCUGGUGUACUGGUUAAUGGAUGAAGGGCUUAUGGCGAAGGGACGUUCGUGUCCGAUGUGUGCUGGAGAAAUGAGUUUGACGAGGUGCGAGGAUCGAUCGGAUGGUUUGAAGUGGGAAUGCAGAAAGCAAGUUAACGGUAAAAGACACAAGGCAGAAGUUUCGAUUAGGAAAGGAAGCUGGUUCGAGAAGAGCAAUAUGACUUUAGAAGAAAUUUUGAAGUUGACAUACUGGUGGUGCCAGGAUCUUGAUCAGGCGCAAAUAAAACAUGAAGUAGGACUUGCGGAAAGCACUGGGGUGGACUGGGACAGCUUCUGUCGCGAAGUUUGCGAAAUAAUUCUACUUGAAAACGGUGAAAAACUGGGCGGAAAAGGAAAAGUGGUACAGAUCGACGAGAGUAAAUUUGGCAAGAGGAAAUACCACCGAGGUCAUCACGUCGAAGGCCAGUGGGUCUUUGGAGGAAUCGAGGAGGGCACCAGGAAAUGUUUCGUCGUAGCAGUUGAAAAACGGGACGAACAAACACUACUGCCCAUUAUCCAAAAAUGGAUUGAACCUGGAACUAUCAUUGUUUCUGAUUGCUGGAAAACGUACUCUACACUUGACAAACAUGAUUAUGAACAUCGAACAGUUAAUCAUUCGGUAGAAUUUGUCAACAAAGAAGGUGACCAUACCAAUAAAAUUGAAGGUCAUUGGAGGCAUGCAAAGUGUAAACUACCAAUGUUUGGCGUUCGAAAGCAUCUUUUCUCCACAUAUUUGGCUGAAUUUAUGUGGAGGUACAUGCACCGCGAUAACGAUUUGUUUAGUGUAUAUUUAAAAGAUGUAAAGAAAGUUUAUGAUAUCACUACAGAAAAGCUUUUACUUUUAAAAGCGUGUUAA